GCAAAUGACAUCAGUUACACUUGAGUGUUCUAGUCUAAAACAAACAAAAAAUGUUCAAAUACGUCCUUUUAUUCGCCUUGAUCGCUUUCGCCGCCGCUGACGAUGACGUGCACGCAGUGGUGAAAACCCUUUCAUCUGAUGUCAGAACUGAUGGUUUUGACUAUGCUUUGGAGACAAGCAACAGCAUUUCACAAAGGGCAUCCGGUGAUGUACAUGGCAAUAUUCAUGGCGACUUCAGCUGGGUUGAUCCUCAUGGCGAACACGUUCAAGUUGCCUAUGUUGCUGAUGAGAACGGUUACCAACCAUCCGGUCAAUGGAUCCCAACUCCACCACCAAUUCCAGCUGCCAUCGUUAAGGCUAUUGAAUGGAUCAAUGCUCACCCUUCCAAGGACUACCACUAAACACUUCGAACUGACUGAUCUGCCGUGUUCUGCCGUGUGAUAUUUUCUAAGGAAAUCGUUAUUUCAUGUAUAUUUUUUUAAUAAACUAGAAAUAAAGGUAUUGCAAAAAAUUGUUUAAAGAAGCAUAUAAA